AUGACAGGAAGUGUUCGUACAUCGACAGGAACAUUUGAUGGUGGUGGUGGUGGUAAUUCAAUAGUUGAACAAACAACUGAUAUAAUCAAUCGUUUUCGUAAUAGUCUUAUACGAAGUCGUAAAGAACGUUUAUUAGAUGAAGAUGUUCAAGCAACAGAAAAUAUUGUUAAACAAUUACAUUUUAGUGAAUUAAUAGCAAAAGAAACAUUAGGAAAAUUAAUAUUUCAAGGAGAUUCAAUGCAACGAUCUUAUAAUUUAAUAAAUCGUUUAGAAAAAGAAAUCAAAGAUAUUGCAGAUGAUUUAAAUGAAGUUAAUGGAGGAAAAUGUUGUGGUGCUUGUGCAAAUGGUACAUGUUUUGGUUUUACUUGUUUUGGAUGUUUAAAUAAAAAACCAAAAAAACGUAAACAAAAAACUCCAAAAAAAUUAAAAAUUAUUCCAGAAAAUCAAAUUCGUUGGAGUUCAACAUCAGAACGUGAAGAAAUGAUAACACGAACACGUGCAUUAGCACGUAAUCGACGUGAACAUCCUGAUUUUCUUCAAACAAUUAAUCAAGUAAAUAAUAUUCAAAAUAAACAAAUCGAAAUCAAUGAAAAAAAUCAAAAUCAAUUACGUGAUUAUCUUUUACAACAUCAUUCAUUAUCCUAUGGUUAUAUUGAUCAACCUGAACGUUUAUUUAAUGAAAUAAAUAUGGCAACAAAUUUUACACAAUUAAAUCUCUAUUUAGAUAAUUUAUUAAAAAUGACUGAAAUUAUGACAAAUGAAGUUAAUAAACAUAAUAUUGUUAUAACGAAAAUUGAAACACAAGCUAUGCAAAGUGGAGAUCUUCUAACGGAUUAUACAUUACUUGGUCAUCAUAUAUUAGGUUCUUCACCAACACAACAUCAAACAUUAACAAAUAUAAAUACAAUGACACCGAAUUUAAAUCCAUUAACGAUGGCAAAUGGACAAAAAGUUCUUUUAAAUGCUGUUCUUUAA